AUGGGCUUGAGCCCAGCGGCCGCCGGAGGCGAGCACGGGCUCCGCCUCUCUCGGUUCUCCAGGUCCCACUCCAGAACCGCCUCAAAAGCCUCGGGUGGAAGGCAGGCCGACGUAGCAGCUGCCCCUGCAGGAAGAGCUGAGAAUGACCCUGGCUCCACCUUCGCUGAACAGGCCCAACCCCGAGAUUCCUGCAAGUACCGGAGAGCAGCAGCCCUUUCCUUUUCACCUUCACCCCCAUUCGGCCCUGGUUUAAACCUCCUGAGAGGUUCAUUGCCACAGAAGAAGCAGCUCAUAGUCGUGGGCUUCUUUUGCCCUGUCGUGUUGGAUCCCAGUGGUCCGAUCCUCACUCUUGAGAUGGAGGCCCUUGACCUGUUUGCCUCCAGGGGAAAACCAAAGCCCAGACCUGGAGACCUGAUUGAGAUUUUUCGAAUUGGCUAUGAACACUGGGCCAUCUAUGUGGAAGAUGAUUACGUAGUCCAUCUGGCUUCCCCAUGUGAGGAAUUCGAGGCCGGCAGCAUCACUUCUGUCUUUAGCAAUCGAGCUGUUGUAAAAUACAGCCGUCUGGAGGAUGUGUUGCAUGGCUGCUCCUGGAAGAUCAACAACAAACUAGAUGGGACAUACCUGCCUCUGCCCGUGGACAAGAUCAUCCAACGUACGAAGAAGAUGAUUAACAAGACUGUGUAUUACAGCCUGAUUGAAGGGAACUGUGAGCACUUUGUCAAUGACCUCAGAUACGGCGUGCCCAGGAGUCAGCAGGUAGAGCACGCCUUGAUGGAAGGAGCAAAGGCAGCAGGAGCAGUUAUCUCAGCGGUGGUGGAUAGCAUAAGGCCAAGCCAGUGA